GUCAAGGCAAGACAAGAUAUUAUGAACAAGCCAGCUCCCAAAAUACGUUUUACAAUGCCAUAUACAAAUUGUACUUUUAUGAUAUUAUAGGGGAACCCGAUUUCUUUUGCUCUAUAAUUUAUACAAGUAGUCCCAGUGCUACCAAAAUUCAUUAGCUCAAACAUGGAGGUAAUUUGUAAGGAAAAUUUGAAAAGUUAGAUAUGAACAGUCAAGUUCAAUCAUGGAGCAGUUAUUAAGAACCUCAUUUCUGUUUGAAGGACAAGUGGCAUAUGAUGUAGCAAACUGGUUUUUUUUUCCGCCCCCUACUCUAUCCUUCCUCUACACCUGAAAUUAUGUAUUUACUUUGAAGUAAAUUUCACCAUUGUUAACAGCCAAUUCAUCUAUGAAGAAGUGAUCCAGAUGUCAGUUCUGACACAGCAAGUCACAUAUCAAAAAACUAACAAGGCAGUGAGCUACAAAUUGAUAUAAUUUCUUGGAAAAUGGAAGAUAUGGGGGUGAUUCGGGAGCAGCAGUUGAUGAUGACUCUCUGGAGGACUUGCCACUUCACUACAGGAUGAAAUGCAGCCAAGUCACAGGGCUCACUAAAGAUACCGAGACAUGUCAAUUCAUACCUCAAAAAAAGAAAAAACGAUUUCUUUUUACCUCCGAAUCUGUUGCUGAAGGACAUUCUGAUAAAAUGUGCGAUCAGAUAAGUGAUGCUGUUCUAGAUGCUCAUCUCAGUAUUGAUCCAGAUGCCAAGGUUGCCUGUGAGUGUGUAGCAAAAACUGGAAUGAUUUUGCUUUGUGGAGAGAUCACAUCCCAAGCUAUAGUAGAUUACCAACAAAUUGUAAGAGAGACCCUUAAGAGGAUAGGGUAUGAUGACUCUUCCAAAGGACUGGACUAUAAGACUUGCACAGUUUUAGUGGCCUUAGAACAACAGUGUAAAGAGAUCAAGCAUGCCGUCUCCCAUGGCAAGAGUGAUGAUGACAUUGGAGCAGGGGAUCAGGGUUUGAUGUUUGGCUAUGCCACUGAUGAAACUGAGGAAUGCAUGCCCUUAACACUCCUCCUGGCACACAAACUGACCGCAAGCAUAAAGGCUCUGGAACGGAAUGGAACAUGGCCCUGGGUUAGACCAGAUGGGAAAACACAGGUCACAAUGGAAUACAGGGAAAGUAAUGGCGCAGUGGAGCCCAUCCGAGUGCACACACUUGUGAUUUCAGUACAUCAUGCCCCAGACGUACCUCUACAACAAAUACAGAAGGAGCUAAUGGAGAAAGUUGUUAAAGAAGUCAUUCCAGAGAAGUAUCUUGAUGAGGACACAAUUUAUCAUCUCCUUCCAAGUGAAAAGUUUGUAGAAGGUGGUCCUAAGAGUGAUGCUGGACUGACUGGCAGAAAGAUCAUUGUUGAUACCUACGGAGGCUGGGGAGCCCAUGGUGGAGGUGCAUUCUCUGGAAAAGAUCCCUCCAAAGUUGAUCGUUCUGCAGCAUAUGCAGCUCGUUGGAUCGCAAAAUCUCUGGUGAAAGCUGGUCUCUGUAAAAGAGUACUAAUCCAGCUAUCAUAUGCUAUCGGUCUGAGUCAUCCUCUUGCAAUCUCAGUGUUUCAUUAUGGAACAUCAGACAGAUCUGAAGAAGAACUGCUUGAGAUUGUGCAGAAAAACUUUGAUCUACGCCUUGGAGCUAUCAUAAGGGAGCUGGAUUUGAAGAGGCCAAUCUAUCAAAAAACAGCAUGCUAUGGGCACUUUGGGAGAGAAGAAUUUACAUGGGAAAUACCCAAAAAGCUUGUGUAUUAAGAUUUUCAGAAUGUUUCAUGUAACUGACAGGUGGUUUAAUAAUCAGGUAAAAUUUCAAGCUGUUCAAGAAAAGACUGUAUCUACUGUUUUUUAAAUGGCAUUCUGUAGUUAAUAGAUUUACUUAAAAUUAUUCGUAUUUAAUUUCUAACUUUCAUAGUGGCCUCACACUUUAAAUGCAUGCUGGUCUAUCUAACAUACUCUUCAGCUUUGUCUUUGGUAAUGUGUGAACAAUUUAGGCCUUUGGCUGUUAUCAGAUACUAAGUGCACAGAUGGUUGUGGAAGUUGAAGUCAUUCCUGUUCUGCCAGGGAAGCCCACUACUGCUUACCCAGUUAACUUUGUACUGAAGUAGAUGGAAGUUGGUGAGGUAACUUCCAACAGCUCCCUGUAAGAGGAAAGCAGUAUUAGCACAAAUUGCCAUAAUUAUUUGGGCCAGUACUUCCAUCACUACAGCUUUAGUUAUGGUCCUUCUAGUCCAAGCAAAUUAGUAAAAAAAAAACAUUUCGGAACAUUGUUCAUUGUAACCCUAAAUAUACUUAGCUAUAAGGUAGUGUCAUCUGUUUGCUUUUAACAUUACAGUUUUGUAGGUGAAUCUGUGAAAACUGAUGAACUCCUGUGUUGUAAUUCUUUUAUUUAUUUAUAUUUACUCCUUCUCAAACUGAAAUUUUCCAUGUCUGCGUGAAUUGAAAUUGUCUAUAUAAAGUUUCAAUUAAGUUUCAUUUGGUCAUUUCUGAAAUGUUAAAAAAAAUUGUAAAAAACAAUUGUAGAUUAUUCCCUUCCUUUGACUUCUCUGGCUGAAAGCACAAAAUGGAGAGAGAGAAUUCAAAAUAAUUUACCUUCUCUUCAAGGACUAGAGAAGCUGAAAAGGCUUGUAUACAGAAAGUAGCAAUUCUGGCAAACAAAUUUAUCAUCAAAUCAUAAACUAAGAUAGAAUGUUGGAAUGCUGUAACCGCUUUUACUUAGUAUCAUGGAAUUUUAAGAGACAAUUAAGCAAUAUGGCUACCCCAUCCCCAAUAAGGGAAAAAUAUAGGCUUCAGUGGUAAGUCUAAUCAAAUGCAAGUAGUUGAAUAUAACAUUAGUCUCAAGCAAGUUUUCAAAAGCUGCUUGCUUUCACGUAAAGACCAAUCGAUCCACUGCUCCUUUGACAGACCAGAGCUGAAGUGAGGUCACUGUAUGGCUGUAGCUGCGCCUUACCGGGCCUGGUACAGUUAACCUGAUCUAGCACAGUAGCCCUGCAGUCAGUCUUGUGACCUACAAAACCCACAUUUUUUUUUUUGUUCUGUAAAAAACUAAAUUCAUUUCUGGAAUAAAAGCUGCAAUUUUUUUGUGGGCUUUUUUCCAGUUUUCUAUUUAAUGACGAAUUUUCCUUUUUAUCACAGGACCCUGGACCCUGCCUUUACCUGAAACUAAUCCAGUUUAGUAUGCAUAGGGCCAUGUAUGCAUAAAACGUGUCAUUAACCUUUAAUAAAAUUUGUUCAAAUUGGUAUUGUCUAGGGAAUAGUAAAGUAGCUUGCUAAAAAUUUGAAAUGUCAGCAUAACUUCCAAUUUAGUAAUACAGGGGUACAAUGUUUAAAUGGCAAGGGAUUGCAGAGAUCACUGUACAGUAAACUGACUAUAAUGACCUUUUGAAAGAGGAUUCAGUAAAUGGGCAUAUAGUCUCAAUUUUACAGCUGUCUCAAUUACAAUUAUCAAUUUUAUUGUCAUCAUACAUACUUCCAAAGUUGAACAGUGCUUUGGUAAGAAGCUGUGAUGCGAAGAGCAUUUUGAUGAAGAAAAAGUCUCUUGUUAAAUUUAACAAGGAAAUGAUUUGUUCAAUGGAGGUGGCUCUUAAUCAUUGCUCAUUGUAAAAAAAAAAAAAGCAGAGCUUAGGCCUUUCUGUUAGACAGCUGGAGCCUACAGGAGCAAAUUGGACCACUGUGUGUUUCAGACAGUAAUAACACGUUUCUACAACACUACUUUCACCUUACUCUCUGGCUUCCUAUAAAUAGACUUGAGAUCAAAGCUACAGACUUUUUCUUCAAGGAGUUGGAUAGUCUUUGUCUCCAGAUGACAAAUCUUUCUUUCCCCUUGUUGUUGAUUUAUGUUUCAAAGUAGCUAGGAGCCCCAGCUGCAGAAGAAAUCCCUAACCACAGAUUGGAACAGGUACAGUAUACAUCCAAUCUCCAGAGAUACUGCCUACAAAUUUUAGCAAGUCUUCUAAUAACUAGUGAAUUAGUUUUACUUACAUAGGGUAGCUAAUUUGCCCUACAUAAACUUUUUUCUCAAGAACAGCAAAAGACAUAUGCCUUGUUCGAAACAAGCAAACAGAGAAAAGCUAUCUCUGCUAAAUUUGUAGCAUCUAAUCCGAAGUCAGAGACAAAACUAUUGCUCCACAAAAGCAGUGAAGUAAUUUUCUUUGAACGAUUGGCAUGUUUUCGCAUUAUCAUUCUAGAAAUCAAUCAAUAGAGCUGGAACCUCAAAAAUAAAAAAGGGUGCCCAAAUCAGCCAUAAGCAUUAAAAUGGCAGUUAUUGCUGAAAGUUUAGCUAAAUUAUAAUGUAGCCUACAUACACAAGGAUCAAUCAAAAUAUUUUUACUUCCAAAUGCUGCAACUAUUGCUUUAUUAAACUUGUUAUUUUAAUAUCAAAGGAACAGGCUCUUCUUUGAAAUAUGUGGUUAUGCUAUGUUAUAAAAAUCUCCCAGAAUAUAAUGGCUCAUAGUCUAAGAAAAAAAUUAUAAUUGCACAUCAGAAGAAGACCACAAUAGUUUAUGCAUUGUGUUUUGCAACUUCAUCCAAAGUAGAAGGCUGUACAGAUAUUCAACUAAUACAAAAAAGCUACAUGAAUGAAGAAUCUGUAUUGCAGAAAAUUACUUGGGUGUACUGUACACUGUAACAUGUGGAGGUAUUAGUGGCUGUUCUAGAAAAUGAUUUUUUCAAAUAGUGAAUUUGGAUGGGCACUUCCAAAAGCCAAUAGAUGAUUCUUCCUGGAUUGCAUGAGGCAGAAUUAAACCUAAAUCUUUCAAAGGGGCAUAGUUUCACUCAAACCUAGACUAGCCAAUUAGGGAAGAAAAUGAAUGAAACAGAAGUGCCAGCUCGGCUCUGAAAGUGCUUUUUGUAUACUUCUGGUCUCAGAAGAGAUGAAGGGUCUCUGCAUGCAAAAUGAAGACAUUAAAUUAAGAAAGGUCAAUCCCGUUCUGUUUGCUUUGUGUCAGGAUUAGCUUUGUGACUUAUGCUUUUGGAGUACAUCACAAGAGCAGCUGCACUAAAAAAUACAAACCCUGGAGAUGUAUUUAAUCUUCCUUCCAAGGUGUACUUUUGAAAUAGUUUUUCAGCUGUGCUGAACCUAAUAAACCCUACCUAGAGCCAUGCAGACAUUAUUAUAUAUGCUGUUUUCCUAGCUAUAUUUUGAUUAAAUGCUAUAUAGAGAAAUGCAAAGUAGAAUGCUAAUUCAUUACUAUUUAAUUAAUUUUAUUCCUAAGGAGCUGAAAGCAAUUACUGGAAUGGAAAUUAAAGUGCAUAUCUUUUAUUACAUGCUAAUAGAGAGAAUGAACUUUUCAUGUAAUAAUUCCUAAGCUUAUAGCUUUGCCUUGCCUUGACCUUAUAAUACAAAAGGAAAUCCCUUCUUUACCACCUUCCUCACGCAAGAUUUUUGGACAGAAUGACCCUUGCCUCAUCCUGGGUGAGGCUGUAGAAGGAAGAGAACUGGAUGAGAGUUAAAACAGGAAGGCUGGAGCAGAGCUUUUUCAUCAGGAGCUCAACUAUCCUGCAGCAGUCCAGUGUGGCUGUCAGAACUGGGAUGCAAAUUAGUAACAGAUGGCACAACCUUGUUUUCCUGUGCUUUUCAACAGGGAUGAUGCCAGCUUAUAAAUGGAUAAGCCUUACUGCCUUUAACAACUUCAAAAAAAAUCCAUAGGCCUCUCAAGCUGCAUAAAUAAAAAUACAACAUUACUCUUUUUUGCCAAGUACUGU